AUGUUCACAGAUUUGUCGGUAUACUUAGUAGUAUCAAUAUUCUGUGUGCUAGCCAUAGCUUUAUUUCUAUUAGGGUUUCUGGGAACAGUAAACAUUAUUGAAUAGUUAUAUAGAACUUUUCAAUAAAGUAAGAGGAAGAUUACUAGAAUUUGAUUUUAGAUUAUGGGAAUCUGUAUGACGAAUAGGAAAUUGAUGAAUAGAAUUGGAAGUAGGAACUGCCUGCUUAUAUUGCGACAUAUUUGCAAACCAUUGAGAUCAGUUAUAAGGAGUUGUACCUCAAUCAGCUAAUCAUAACAAUAAUAACAUCUGCAGGCUUCUUGUUGAUAAUAGCUGUACAUAUAUAGCACAACUAGUUUAGUCUUGGCUAACACCCUCGGGAACGUUUUGGGGUUUCUUCAUCAGUUUUUUGUGGGGCACCAUAAUAACAUGCAUAAUUGCCUAUUUGAUUAUUGCAGUUAAAAUAGGUACAUUACUAAAAAUUCCAAUUAAGGCCAGCAUUGGGAAGGUGAGAAUCAAUUUUAUAUUUAGGAAGACGUCUUAAAAUGGAUAUACGGAAACGGAUUCUUUUCAGCAUUAUUUAUAGGUGGAGUCAUAACCUUGAAUUCCUUAUUCAUAGUAUUGAUAAUGAAGGCAAUGUCAGUUCAUUCAACUAAACCUGAGAAUUAUGCUAUUAUGGUAAGUGGAUUUCCAUUGGGAAUGUUGAUUUCCGGCAUAUAUUUCAGAGAAGGCAUGUCAGUCACAGGCAGAGGAAUUCAAGCAGCUUGCGAUUUAAUGAUUAAGAAAGAAUAAUAUUUCGGUGACAUUGGAAACAACCUCUCUUACACAACCAAAAUAGCGGCAGGCAUGUCUUCCUUAAUAGCUGAAGUCAAUUUCUUUGAUUCCAUGUUGGUAAUAUCAUUAUUUGUUUCAAUGCCAUCAAUCGUCUUAGUAAAUUCAGUGGAUUAUCAUUACUCAGAUAAUUUUAUUGGCAAAAUCUUUGGAAUCUAAUUAGUAUUCAUUCUGAGUUGGGUUGGCUAAUUAUUAAUAUCAUUCCUAAGCCACAUCCUCAAAAACGACGACGCAGUUGCCUUUACUGCCAAUAAUGUCAGAUGCCAAAUCUUGAUGUCAAUAUUCUUGAGUCUAUGCUUUGUCAUCUUCUCCUUAUUAUCCAUGCCCAAGGAAUUUGAAUUCGGAGACAAAGAUCAUACUUAAAUCUACAGAGAAAAGGUCCUUAGUCGAGAUUUUAUGGGAUGUGGCUUUAUUGGAAUCGUUGUCUCAGCCAUUCUAAUCAUCUAUUAUGAAUACUUAACCAGUCAUGGCUAUUCAGUGGCCCAGAAGGUAGCACUAGUUUCAUACAAAGCUCCCACUCUUAACAUCAUCUAAGCUUAUUCCAUAGGCAACAUAGGUUAGAUUGUACCUGCCCUUUUGAUUGCUUUAUCCCUAUUCAUUUCCUAUAAACUUGCAUCCCUCGUUGGAAUUCUUGGACUGUUUUUAGGAUACAUUUUGAACAUCUACAUUCUCAUGGGAAUAGCAAUGCUAGGUGUUCUAUCAGGGGAUGGACUCAAACUAUCAUUCCUUGCCUAAUUUGCUAACAAUAUCAAAGAUCGAUUGCACUCCAUUACUUGGGCAGCUAAAAACUACAUUGUUUGGUUAAAAAUUACCAAUGCUGGAGCUCUCAUCAUUGCAGCCAUCUUAAUCAUUGGAACUGCUAUAUUUUUUAGUAAGACCUUUAUUUUGUUACUGAAUGGGUAUAAUCUCUUUGGUUUCUUGAUUGGAUUCGGAUUAGCCUAUUACAACAAAGGACUAACUAUCUUUAUAGUCAAGACCAUUUGUGAAGAAGCAGUAAGAUUUACAUCAUUAAUGGUAGCUCUAUGAUGAGAAAUCCUUCCAAUUGAGAAAAAACAAACCAGACGAAGAAGUCGCACUUGAAAAUUUUUCAUAUACUUAUUUCCCACUAAAAAACAGACAAGGAAAUUACUAUGUGCUUGUCAAUCUAUUAUCGGUAUAUCAUUACCUUUACAUUACUAGUGUACUCUUGCAGUUUUGUUUACUGGAAUCAUUUUUGGUCAUGGAGCCUCUAUUUCAUUGGCCAUUUCUAACUUAUUCAUUAAUGCCAUUAUGAUGUUCCAAUCCAUCUUAACUGGAACAGUUUUGAAAAAUGCCUUCAUCUACAACUCAUGUAUAUCAUUUGACUAAUCAUCCUAGAUGACCAAUAACAAUAAGAGACUUCACAAGUCCUGAGUGUCAAUCUGUAUGGUGAUAUUCAGGGACAAACCAUUGAAGAAAGUUAAAACAUCUAAAACCCAUAUUACAUGAUCUACACCAUGUUAAUAACUUUAGUAGGCAUAGAAUUGUUCAAGCAUGAUUAUUGA